AUGUGGAAGGAUUGUGCAGGACCACGAUGGUAUAUGAUGCUGAGGAUCUCGAACGUGAUUUUACCACCAAUCAUAGACCGUAUUUCUCCUGCCGGGAUGGUUGAAGAUCUAAUUCACGCACCCGGAGAUCGCGUCCUCGUUAUUGAUCUCGCUCUCAUUCCAGUCUACCGCGAGCCGGGGUUGUGUACAAGGCGAUGGUCCACCAUGUCGUCUUGCGCCAUUCUAUUAGCGCGUCCGCUCGUGCAUCGGUGUGUUCUACUUUGCGAUGCCCGAUGA